AACGACGAAGAAGAACUGAAAUUGGUAGGCGGGACAUCCACAAGAUAUGACAGUAAAAUAUGCUCUCUCCGCUGGGAAUAACAUUGCAUUCAUUUCGCUAAAUACCAUUAAAACACUUAGGCAUAAACAUGAGUUCAUUUGCGGGUCGAAUGAAAGAGUAUCCUACCAUUUCUUUGGACCGAUUCGACCGGGAGAACCUACAUGCCCGGGCAUAUUUCCUCUCCCACUGCCACAAAGAUCAUAUGAAAGGACUAAAAGGACCAAUACUGAGGAGAAAACUGCAGUUCAGUCGUACAGUUAGGCUUUACUGCUCCUUCGUGACCAAAGAGCUUCUGCUGAACAAUCCCAAGUACGCUUUUUGGGAGGAAUACAUUGUUGCAUUAGAGCUAGAGAGCCCAACUCAGAUUUCUCUGGUUGAUGAGGCAUCUGGAGAGAAAGAAGAGAUUGUGGUCACCUUGCUCCCUGCAGGACACUGUCCCGGCUCUGUUAUGUUCCUGUUUGAGGGAUCUCAGGGAAACGUGUUGUAUACAGGAGACUUCAGGUUUGCAGCUGGAGAUGUGUCAAGAAUGGAACAUCUGCACUCUGGCAGCAGAGUGAAGGAUAUUCAGACCAUUUAUCUGGACUCCACUUUCUAUGACCCACGAUUUUACCAGAUUCCCACUCGGGAGUUCUGUCUGGACGGUAUCUCAGAGCUUGUUAGAAACUGGAUCAGUCAGAGCGCUUACCAUGUUGUGUGGCUCAAUUGUAAAGCUGCGUAUGGAUAUGAAUACCUUUUUACCAACCUGGGAGAGGAGUUCAACACACAGAUCCAUGUCAAAAGUUUAGAGAUGUUCAAGAAGAUGCCGGAAAUCCUGAGCUACGUGACCACUGACCGCAGGACGCAGAUCCAUGCCUGUCGACACCCUAAGGCUGAGGAGUUUUUCCAGGGCAGCCGGCUGCCGUGUGGCUGCACAGCAUCUGACGGGACCCCUCUUCGCAUUAUCAGCAUCAAACCAUCCACCAUGUGGUUCGGAGAGAGGACGAGGAAAACCAACGUUAUCAUAAAAACAGGAGCAAGUUCCUUCCGAGCGUGCUUCAGUUUCCAUUCCUCCUACUUAGAGCUGAAAGAUUUCCUGUCCUACCUCCAGCCUUUCAACAUCUACCCCAGUGUCAUCCCUCUUGGUCGCACACUCACUGAGGUUACACAGAUGUUGAUGCUGAUGUGCAGGAACCAGACGGAUCAAGCAGCAACAGUAUACAAACCUCUGGGAGCCCUCAAACGUUGCAUUGUGAAGCAACCUACAUAUGAUUCUGACAGCGAUGAGAAGCUGUUUGACGGCCUGGAUAUCGCACCAGUAAGGAAGAAGAUGGCACUGAACCAAGAAAUAAAAAAUGUGAAAGCUCUUCAGGAAACGGCACCCCCUGUGCCUGUAGAGGAGUCUUUUCCUUUGACAGUCACAGACACGCAGUCGGUUUCACGCAACUACGCAGACUGCACAGAGUCCAAUGAUGAAGAGGAAGAGGAGGAGGAGGAAGAGGAGGAUAAAAAACUGUCUCAGGAUGAGGUGGAAAUGAUGAUAAAGGAAGCGGAGAACAUUGAGGUUGCAGGCUCCUCAAAUCCUCCGAAAUGGGAGGAUUUCUUCACCACGGAGACGCUUCCUGACAGCCAGAACAGCCUCAGCAGCCAAUUACAAUCCUGCUGCUCUGUCCCCAGCCCCUCCCCUUCCAAAAUGACGGGCUCACAGACCCCAGAUCUGUUCAGUGAGGAAGAGGAAACCCCGGAUAAUGACGAAAACUUCAGUCUGACCCUCUCCGCCUCGCUGUCAAACCAUUCCUCCCAGAACCAGGACUCGUAUUUCCCCGACACACUGAUCCUCCAUCCUGGGCAACACGGAGACUCCAGGAUAAAUACUCAGGAGAAGGAGAGCAACGAGGAGCUCUCAGCGUCUCAGGCGUCGUCGGACUUCGAUAUUCCCUGCACGCCUGAGUCAAAAAUGCCUCAUCCUGAUGAACUGUCGCAGCUGUACAGGAAGCUGGCAUCAGGAGAGGAAGUGGUCAUCAGAAAGGGAAGUCAGGGCUCCAUGUGAAGGUUUUUGGUGAGCCGCCUUCCCUCUACUCAUCCACGCUGCAGGAUUUCAGUUUGUUAAACACUUAAUGCCUUUCUAUAAUACCACACAAGCCUAACAUUCCUCUGCCACUUCAGUGGAACCUCCAAACCUCACACACCUCAGUUUUUAAAACAAUGCACAGUUCACUUCUGCCCUACAUUCAUUAUUGCACCUGUGACUUUCCCUUUUUCGUUGACAGAUUGUGUUUCAUUAUUUUAAAGACUUCUUUAUGGCAAAGUGGAUGACGUUCUGUAUCCAAGCCAAACGUUUUCAGUUUCUUAAACCAGAUUAAAUGUUUUUUAAUUCAACAGAUUAAAUGUAUACUAAUAAAAACAUUUGAAUAUGCAACCUUGAGAGAAAUAACACAAUAUAUAUUUGGGAUGUAUUCUGCAAAGCAAUUUUGUUAAAGAUAGUUAAAGUUUCUAUAAUGUGAAUUGUAACCAGUAUAUUUAACAAGUGGGGAAUUCUACUUCCCAUUUAACAACUGUAUAUACACUGCCCGGCCAAAAUAAAGGUCACAAGCCUGUGGGGGGCAGUGCUAUGAUCUGGGGUUGCUGCAGUUGGUCUGCUCUAGGUUCAGCAACGUUAUGUGCCCAAAGAAUGAGGUCAGCUGACUACCUGAAUAUACUGAAGGACCAGGUUAUUCCAUCAAUGGAUUUUUUCUUCCCUGAUGGCACGGGCAUGUUCCAAGAUGACAAUGCCAGGGUCCAUCAGGCUCACAAUAUGAAGGAGUGGUUCAGGGAGCAUGAGACAUCACUUUCACACAUGGAUUGGCCACCACAGAGUCCAGAGCUGAACCCGAUUGAGAAUCUUUGGGAUGUGCUGGAGAAGACUUUGCGCAGUGGUCCGAAUCUCCCGUCAUCAAUACGAGAUCUUGGAGAAAACUUAAUGCAAGACAGAAAUAAGUGUUGUGACUUUGCAGAAGUGUGAGGUUAAAGCGAUUGUUCAAUAAACCAUUGUCCUCCCUUUA